AACUAGAGAGUAUAAUAACUUGACACAGCUGAGAAAAAGUAGAGCGGGUUUUUCGGUGCAAGGACGAAUUAGACCCAAAAGCUGAUUCCCUGCCACGUGGAACAACUCUAACCAUCCGAUUCAUCAUCCAACGGCCAACAUCCAUUAUUUCAAUGACGAGAUUCAUGGCACUGCUAGAUUAACUGUAGAGAAUUGGCAAUAGUAAAGAGCAACUCAUUUUAGGAGAGAGAAAAUCAUAUCAAACCCAAAAAAUAAAAACCCACUUCUCAUUUUCUUACAACAACACAAAACCAAAAACCCAAAACAACUCAGAGAAAUUCAGUGUUUUCAGUUUUCUGUUUUCCUUUCUUUGUUGCUGUUGUUGUCAAAAAAUUGGUUCAGAGGUAAGAAAGAAAAAUGAACAACGUUGCUGCUUCUGUUUGGCGGCGUUGCAGUUUUUGCUUUUAUUACAACUGAUUUCAUGAGAGAAAUAAUAUAAAUUCUUUUUAAUUUUUAUUUUUUUUUAUUUUAACCUAAGAAAAAAUAUUUUUGUUUUUAUUUUGGUUUUGAAUUGGAAAUUUUUGAGAUGAAUCUGAUGAGAAUAAUAUGGCUGCUUUUUUCUCAUUAGGAACACCGGGGAGCGGUAGUUCACAAAACCCGCAAAAUAAUAAUAAUAAUAAUAAUAAUACUCCCUCCGCUAAUUCUGAAAAUCAAAUUCAGAAUUCCUGGUUUCCGAAUAAUAAUAGUAAUAAUAAUAAUAAUAAUAAUAAUAAUAAUAAUAAUAAUCCGGGUUUAAUACUUUAUUCUCGGAAUAAUAGUAAUAGUAAUAAUAAUAAUAACAGUGAGGAGAUCUACCCAAAAGGUAGUUUUGAGAUAUGGCAACAAUACGUGCAGGUCCACCAUCAUCACCAUGUACCAAAGCUACACCUUCAUCAAGAUUAUCACCACCAUCAUCAUCAUCAACAGCAUGUUUUUCUAGGGGAAUCACAGCCGUCCAUGGUGGUAGGCCCGUCUUCGGCCGCGACUACUAGUCGUAGGAUCUUUGGCAUUGAUGAGUACACCGAUCACAACAGCAGCAAUAACAACAACAAUACGGUCGUAUCUAGUGGUAGUGGUAGAUCCUCGGGUUUUAGGCAAUUAGGUGGUAGUGUUGGGGGUAUGAAUUGUCAAGAUUGUGGUAACCAAGCAAAAAAAGAUUGUGUUCAUUUUAGGUGUAGGACUUGUUGUAAGAGUCGUGGGUUUGAUUGUCCUACUCACGUUAAGAGUACGUGGGUCCCUGCCGCUAAGCGCCGUGAGCGCCAGCAGCAGUUAACCGUGCUACAACAACAACAGCAGCAACAACCGCAGCAGCAGCAGACUCAACAAAUGAUGAGAUCAUCUGUUGGAAUUGGAGGUGAAAAGAGGACGCGAGAAAACCGGAGUAAUUCUCGCGUCCUCACUGCCGCUAAUACUACGGCAGGGUUGGAAGUGGGUAAUUUUCCACCGGAAGUUAACUCUCCAGCGGUUUUCCGAUGCGUUCGGGUGAGUCCAAUGGAUGAUCCAGACGAACAAUUUGCGUAUCAAACAGCAGUAAACAUAGGAGGGCAUCUCUUCAAGGGGAUCCUCUACGAUCAAGGUCCCGAAACACGCUAUGGAGGUGGUGAAAGCUCCUCCGGGGGUAGGUCUCAACAACACAGUCUUAUGUUAACCGCGGCUACUACCACUACUGACCUAAUGGGUACGGUUGGUAGUGGUAGUACUAAUAAUAACACGACAACAGCUACUGCAACAGCUAGUUUACUUGACCCGAUGGGUACGAAUAAUAACUCGUCCAUAUAUCCAACUCCUAUCAAUGCUUUCCUAGCUGGUACGCAAUUUUUCCCACCCCCAAGAUCUUGAUUAUCCAAAUUUCCUACACACAUUCUCUCAAUCUAACUAGCUAAUCCAUCAUUUGAUGAUGAGCAAAAAAAAAUGUGGAAAAAAAAUUGUAAUGUUCUAGGAGAUUUUAUUUGUCAAUUUGGUCAUUGGGAACUUGGCAAGGUCUAGCUAGUCUUACAAAAGAAGUGUUUUUUUUUUUUUUUUUUUAUUAUUUCUUAUCUUUAAUUAGGUGAUUUUCUAAUAUUAUUAUUAUUGGAUAUUGUUUAGGUAUGAUGAUGAAUUGAUGAUGAUCAUCAUCAUGUUAAUUAUUCACUAUGACAUUG